AUGGACAGCUCCUCAGGGUUCUCCUUUGACCCUUCUCGCAUGUCAAAAGCUGCUGCAGAACAAUACUCUUCUUCUGAUUCAGAUUCCGACGACGAGCGCCUCCUGCCUGGCCAGGAUCACGACGAUUUCGGCGAAUUUAAACCGCGAAAGAGACGACGACUCGGAGGGAACAACAAAGAGCGCGCGGCGCUCGGAAUCUUCGCCUCCGACAGUGACGAUGGCGGUCCAGCAUCCAAGUGGAAGCGAAAGACGCUGCGAAAUAAGGCCAUGAGCUUUGUCACAACCGCCACGGCUGAGUCAAAUGCGGCAACAAACGAUAACGACCCCGAGGAUUCUCGACCGGUGCUGCGCGAUACAAUGCAAGAUGAAGACGCAAGUGAGGAAGAAGAAGAGCAGGAGGCGCUUACUGGAGUCGGCCUUGGAUUCAACCAGCACAGAAUGCAGGGCAAAGCUUUUGAAGAAGACCAAGAUGAAGAAGACGAGGCGGAGGAACAAGCCGGCCGGCCGAGUUUCGCGACGAAUUUUCGCGGCGGCGGGGUCCUGGGCGUUGGUUUCGUUCCGUCAUCUGCGGCCGAGCCUGUGCUGAAGGAACCACAAGGCAAAUCCAGUCAGCCAAAGCCAGAACACAAGCCACAGCCAAGUGCUUUUGGACCAAAGGGCAAGGGUAAAAUCAAUGCCAAAUCAUUCGGUGCGCGCAUGAUGGCAAAGAUGGGCUAUGUUGAGGGCAAAGGUCUUGGUAAGGAAGGGCAGGGACGAAAUGUCAUUAUAGAGGCAAAUCUUCGACCGCAGGGCGUCGGCCUGGGGGCUGUGCAGGAGAAAUCGGCGCAGGAAAAGAAAGAAGAGAAACGUCAAGCUGAACUGCGUGGAGAGACAUUCAUUGACUCGGACGAAGAGGAAAAGAAGCGGAAAGCCAGAGCCAAAGCGCGGAGAAAGGGCCUCACAACAGCGACCAGCAGUGGCGGCAGCACUCCUAGACGACAAAAGACGAAGUAUCUUACCGCUGACCAGAUUCGUACUGCAGCACCGGGAAUGCACAUUCCUGACGUGUUUACGCCGAUUCUCGACAUGACUGGCCCUGGAAGCAGACUCUUGACCUCGACAAGCGGUAUCAUGACACCAACAUCUGGAGAAGCCGAGUCAAAAGAAGUGAUUGAGUCCAGGAAGUUGGUGAAACGAGCCCAAGCGGAUCUGAUGGCCUUUACCGAAGAAUGGAGAAGUCUCGAGGAACGCAAGAAGUGGAUUGAUCUUGAGCUUGCCGAGAAAGAAAAAGAAGUUGAUGAGGUCCGUGUUGAGUUUGCACGAUUGAAAGUGUUUUCCACGCUGGUGGUAGACCGAAUCACCACAGCUACAACUUUUGAAGAGGUCAUGGCAGCUCUGGGUGAGGUGGAAGAUCUAAGCUCUGCAGUGCCUGGAGUGGCAGAUAUCAUCGUUGCCGCCAUACACCCUUUCUUCAAGGACUGGGAUCCUUUGACGGAGCCCACCAAGUUUGCGACGGAACUUCGGGGACUAAUAGGCAUUCUCAUGAGCAACAAUGCGCAAAACAGCACACUCGACAGAAAUGACAAUCUAUUGCGCGACGAGGCAGGCGUUUAUCGGAGACACAAGAAAUCAACGACGGCUUACGAAACGCUCAUGUACAAGAGUUGGCUCCCACAAGUGCUUGCCGCCGUCCGCAGCUGGGACGCCUUUACGCCCGGGCCGCUCCUGGAAGUCAUGGAGAGCUGGGACGAGCUGCUUCCGCCUUUUGUCCGCGCCCAGGCCGUGGAAAACAUUGCGCGCAAGCUGGACGCGACACUCUCAGACUGGAACCCGCGGGUGAAGAAGCAGAGCCACCACCUGCCGCACAUGUGGCUGUUCCCCUGGCUGCCGCACCUGCCGGCGUAUCACCUGGACCCGCGCGGCACGGGGCUCGUUUCGGACGUGAAGCGCAAGUUUCGGCACCUCAUUGACGCGUGGGAUUAUGCGCGAGGGGUGGUGCCCGGGCUGACGCAAUGGGAGGCGGUACUCGGGACGCAGUGGCGGCCGCUCAUGGUCGCUCACGUGCUGCCCUCGAUGGGAAAACACCUCGGGCGGCACUUUCGCGUCGACCCGGCCGACCAGGCGCCGUACCUGCCGGCGCUAUCGGGCGUGCUCCGCUGGCGCGACGUGGUGGGCGACGCCGUCCUCGCCGAGGUGCUGGCGCAGCACGUCUUUCCCAUGUGGCACCGCAAGCUGGAGGAGUGGCUAGCGCUUGACGAGGUCAAUCUGGCCGAGGUUGCGGAUUGGUAUGCUUGGUGGCGCAACGUGGUGCUCAAGGACAUCGCGGGGGCCUCGAAGAGUGUGGGCACGGAGCUGGAUCGCGGCCUGCGCAUCAUGAAUAUGGUCUGCUGA